CAUCCCAUUUCUUUAUAAACCUUCUCCCCCUUCCCUCUCUCCCCUCCUUUCUAUCUUUCCUCUCAAUUCCCCACUCAGAUUCAUUUAAUUCGUAAUAAAUUCAUAUCAUUCUGCAGGAUUUUGAUUUGAAUCUUUUUGUUCUUCUCGUUUUCUGUUAUAAUUCAUCGAAUCAUACGGUUCAAGGAGAGAGGCGAAGAAUCUCGACGUGAUUUGAUCAAGUGGAUGGCGUCCGUGAUAACGAAUCCAGUGACGAAAGCAAACACCGAUCGAAGCGGCAGAAGGAAAAAAAAGAAGCAAUCAUCAGCGGCGAUGUCAAAAGAGAAUCAGCAGCAGAGCCACGCCAAAUGGAAGUCAGAGGCGCAGCAACAAAUCUAUUCCUCAAAGCUGAUUCAAGCUUUAAGCAGACUCAGUCUCAACAACAACAGCAGCAGCUCUUCUUCUUCUCCUUCUCCUUCGGCUCCACGCCCUGGCCGAGCCUUCCGUGAAGCCGCUGAUAGAGCAUUGGCCGUCGCGGCUAAAGGUAGAACCAGGUGGAGCCGAGCGAUUCUGACGAGCCGUGUUAAACUCAAGUUUAGAAAGCAGAAGAGAAACAGAGGAUCUGCUGCUGCUGCGACGGUGACGGCUGCCUUCAGCGGGAGUAGCCGGUCGAGGAAACCGAGAUUUAGCGUCUCGAAAUUGAGAGCGAAGAGUUUACCAACUGUUCAAAGGAAAGUCAAGGUUCUUGGCCGGUUAGUUCCCGGUUGUAGAAAGGAACCGUUACCGGUUAUUCUCGAAGAAGCAACCGAUUACAUUGCGGCACUUGAGAUGCAGGUUCGAGCCAUGAGUGCUAUCGCUGAUUUGCUUUCUGGUUCCGGAGCAGCCGCCAGCUCUAGCUCGCCUCCGCCGCCGAUCAGCCAGUGACUCUCUUUUCGUUGCUUAAUUGCCAUGUAUUACCAUCUCUUUGUUUUUAUUUUUCCCUUUCUCUGUUAAGUAAUAAUCUCUCAUGUUAAAUACAUGGCUUCUUCCUUUUUCCUUCUCAAGUGCUUUUCAUCACACAAAUCUCGUUUUAUUC